AUGGACUCCAAACCGUCGAACACACGAUAUGAAAAGCUAAACGGAGCAACCUCAACAGGAGGAGGUCUUAACGGAUUUUUUGACCAGUUAUUCAGUUUCAACAAAACGAGCAAUGGCUCGAUAUUACCAUCACAGUAUAACCAAACACAACAAAGAUCAAGGUUCGCUGUAACAAAUCAUCGAUGGUUCAGACUCUCAUUACUUGCAUAUAUUCUAUUCUCAUUGGUUUUGACAACAGCACACAUGUCAUCUUGGUUAUCCACGUUACGUAUACGAGUAGGCGAUUCUUUAGUCUACGGACGUACAUAUGAUACAGAUCAACCUUAUUCUUUAAUUACGAAUAUGUCUCACGGAUUAAAGAUGUCAAAGUUCUUUGCACAAGGCCACUACGACACUUUAAAAAAUACUCAGCCUUACUGGCAAAAAGCGAGUCAAGACUUUGCAUCAUCAGACGUCACUUUAAUUACUACUACUACACCAAAUACAUGGAAGGACUUUGUUGAUUUAAGUAAACAAUGGAAGGGUCCUAUUUCUGUCACUUUACAUGUUGCUGAAUCUGAAAAGGACAAGGUUCUCUCCAACAUUCAAACCGAAUACAAGACCAAACCGGAACUCUAUAAGAACGUUGAUAUUCAUGUUCUACAAGCGAAAGAGAAGGCACCCUCUAUUAAGGUCCCUGUUAACGUAGAACGCAAUUUGGCACGACUUUUUGCCAGAACCGACUAUGUUGCUGAUAUCCCUUUAAAUAUUAUGCUUGCCAGUCCUCUUCAUCAAAACUUAUUCAACAACAAUGAAAAGGUCAAGAAUGGCUUUACUGCAAUUUUGGAUCGUGGUGAUAUGCUUGUGGUCCCAACGUUCCAAUAUACCAAUGCCAAUGCUAGCAGUAAAUUCGCUUUACCACAAACGAAGAAAGAUUUGCUUCGUCUGGUCGAAAAACAAAAGGUUUUGGGAUUAUUCGAUAAGCAUUUCCAAUUGAAUGAAGGCCCUACUGAUUUUGAGCAAUGGAAGAAAGCUGAGAGUGUUUAUCCCAUCAGGGAAUAUGGCAUGGAUUACGAGCCUAUUAUAAUUCAAAGCAAGACCAUUCAACCUUGGUGUUCUGAAAGAUUCAUUGAUAACAGAGCCGCCUGCUUACUGCAAAAUUAUUUGGCUGGUUAUCAAUUUUUCGUUUUACCUGAUGAUUAUGUCAUUCAAAAGCCUCACCAAGAACAAAAUGGUCCUUCAGAAUUAGAUACUGUGAUUGAAAAGAGAUUGUACGCCAAGUUCUAUUGGGAACAAUGUGUUUACCUAGCUAGACAGUUAGAAUCUUUAGGCUUAUGGAAUACCGAAAGAGGCGAUCAUAUCAGAGAGCAAUGCUCUCGAAUCAUUGAAAAUUGGGACACUCGCUACAAUCAAUACAAAGAGAACGGCAACAAUAAGCAGCCGAGCGAUAAUUUGUUCAAGUCGAUUGGCUACGAUGAACGUGAAAAGAGAACUUAUGAACUUGUCGUAUGUCAGCAACCACUUCAUGCACGUAUGUGUGGUUUCGGUGAAAAAGAUAGAAGGCCUAUUGACCCACCGCCUAUUGUUCAGUUAAUUGUACGCCAAGAAGGAUCAGAAAUACCAGUGGAUGUUCAGACACUUCAAAUACCUUUCUUUGUGCUUCAUGUGACCCUUUGGUCGGAUGAUUGUCGAGAAGAACGUAAUAUCAUAUCGAACCCACCAAAAUGCACGAGAGUGCUAAUGGGCUCACUAGUGAGUUCACCAAGCCUAUUGAAAAAUCCGGAAGGAGAACAAGGACUUUAUUUCGCUUUUCCUGAUCUAAGCAUUCGCACAGAAGGCCGCUAUACUUUGAGAUUCAGUUUGAUGAAAUUGUUCAAUUCUGAUUUCCAAGAGAAUGCAAAGUCAAAAAUAAUUGCGCAAGUCUUUUCCGAUCCAUUUACAGUCUAUUCAGCAAAGAAGAAUCAACAGAGUUAUCAAAAGCCUUUGCCAAGCAAGGCCUAA